AUGACACUGCCACCUCCGUGUGUGCCCCGAGCCCCUCGGCGCUGCACCCCUCUUCUUUAUGUUCCUCUCGCUAAGCGAGCCCUCUCCGGGGCUCUCCGCUCGCCACUGGGUCCCUCCUCUCAAGGUGACUCCUCCCCUCGCGAUAGCCCAGCCCGCGGCCGUGUGACCCCUUCAGCAGGUGGCGCCCCGGGUCGCGGAGCAGCGACUGUGCCCCCUCAGGCCAGGGGAGGAGGUGCUGAGGCAGCCACAGCGGUUGGGCUCCUCGGCGUGCGCACGCCCAGUCUCGGGACGUGGCUUUCGCUGCGCCCCGCGUUUCCGGCUCGGCCACGGGCUCCUCCCCCUCAAGGUCGUCGGGGAACUAGCCAAUCAGCGCCGGGGUUGCGUGACGUCACUGCAUCCCGGCGGCGGUCUCCAGGCGUGCAGCCGUGGGUCUCCUGCCACCUCGCGGCGGCACGGAGCGCGGCGGUGGAGGCUGUGACGGUGCAAGGCGGGCUUGAGGGGUUAGUGCACCGUAUAAGGGCAAGAAUCGCGCAGGUUUGGAGAGAGAAUAGAGUCAUGUUCCAGAGACAGUGGGCUCUUUGGAAAGGGGAUGACAUGAUCUUCCUCCAAACGUGAGAAGGUGUACCGAAAUGCCAUCUACGGUUCUUGCUUCAGUCAGAAGUCACAACGGGAUUGAACUUCAUUUUGGUGGCUAUGAUCCAGUAAUGGCCGCAAAAGGAAAGAGGAGGUAGAUUGAUUCUUAAUUUUCUGAGAAAUUGCCAUAUUGAUUUCCAAAGUUAGCCUUGAACUCUCCUCCUGAUUAUCUCCUGUGUGUAGGUAUUAUUUUUUUACUCUUUGGGGCCUGCCACCCAGUGCCCAAAUAAAUAAAUACAUGGGAGCUUAUUCUUUCUUAUGAAUGUCUGGCCUUAGCUGUGCUUGUUUUUUGCCUCGAAAAAACAAAACAAACAAAAAAAUACAACACAUCUUUUCAUCAUUAAAACAUGUUCCACAGCAUAAACAAAUGUAACACAUCUUAAAAUAAUAUUCCACACCUGUGUGCUGAGAUUAUAGGUGAACAUCACCAAUUCCAGCAUUUUGCUAUUUUAUGAUAUGUUUUAUCUUAGAAAAUGUUUGUCUUGUACCUAUCUAGACUAGACUAGAGCUGGUAUCAGCUAUUUUUAUAGUGAUAUUUCCCUUUGUCAAAAAAGGAAUAGCAUUUAUACACAAAGAUGAGUACUAGAAAUAGAUGGGUAUUUGACAUUAGGAAGGACAGGCAACUGAAUCUAGUCAAUAACAGACCCUUUCAAAACAACCUCUCCCGGCGUCUUUAUUAUGAAAAUGCACACGGAACACCUGCGUAUCCUUCGCCUAGAUACGCGUGGUCUUGACACUCUGCUACAUCACAUCUGUCUGUAACAUGAUAGGAAAGCAAUGUUAGAUAAUACAGUUUACAGUCUUAUUGUAGGGCUGGAGAAGGCUCAGCGCUUAAAGGGCUGCCCUCACAGGCAGGUAUAUGGGAGUUUGUAUCUCCAUAAUCCAUGUAAAGCCCAUGUGGGAAUGGCAGCUGAACAGGGACCCAUAGAGCAAGCUGAAAAGCAGGAUUAACCAUGUUGGCCAGCUCUGGAUCUGACUGAGAGACCCCACUUCAGUGAAUAAAGUGGAAGAAUGAUCCAGAAUGAUGGAUGCUUCAGAUCAGCCUCAGGCCUCUACAUGCAUGUGAACACCCCCCACAUACUAGUGGGCCAGCACACAUGUAAAACAUACAUACUCACGCACACCACACACACAUGAAAAUGGAAAAAGAAAAAAAUAUUAUCAUAUCAUUUGAAGUUAAAUUGCUUGCCCCAAACCAUGAAACGUGUUUAGCACUGUCUCCUGUGAUGGUUGACGUCGACAGUCAACAGGUAGGGUCUGGAAUCAGCUAGGAGGCAGGCCCCCGCCCCCACCCUGCAGAAGAGUCAGAAUGAGUCUCUGUUCCUGACUUCCCCCAUCAUGCUGCAGGUGGAGAAGGGAAGGAAGACCGUGGUGACUGAAGAAUGCAAGAAUAAGAAUAUAGAAACGUAGAUUCCAGAAUUAAGAGUUUAUAAAUAAAUAAAUAUAAAGUUGUAAGCCUAGGAAAAUGAGAGCAGGCUGUCAACAACUUAAGGGGUAACUAUUAACAGUGGGUUACUUUGCUUUACAAUCCACAGCUGUCUGCAAGGCUGAUGCGGCCCUCUGCAAACUGAGAGUCCCUCUGCAAACGGAGGGUCAGCUUUUAGAUAACCCCCUGGCCACUCAUGACCAGCAACUGAUGUGAGCCGAGUUGACCUUUAAAGGAUGGGAUGUUCCUGACUUUUUGGUCGUGCAUUGUCCCUUACCCUACCCUGCCACCAAAACUGGCCCUAUCAGGGGAGCGUAGAGUUUUGGUAAACACCGUCAGAAAGUGCCAGAGAGAAAUAAUGGACUAAAUACAAGCAUGAGUUUAACUAAAAAUCCCUGUUAAUGGAAAUUGUAAAAAAAAAAAAAAGAAAGAAAGAAAAAAAGAAAGAAAGAAAGAAAGAAAGAAAGAAAUUUGUACCUGAGUUUUACCUUCAGAUUGUAAAAAUUCUUUUGUUCAUGCCUAAUGCUUGCUUCUUGCUAUAAACAGCCCUUGGCCACAACCAUACAAGUCCAUUUCUGGCUGUGGUCACAGCUCGCUGAUCAGCUUUUUGUGUCCCAUGGAGAUUUUGUUUUUUUUCUUUUCCCUGGAAUAAAGUUUGCUCCGGGUUUAUAAGACUUUGGUGGUCUGUCCCCCUUCUUUGUGGGAUCCCAGUGGACCCAACAGUGACAACUGCUGAUUCUCUUGAUGGACUUGCUGCGCAAAUUUUCAGAUUUAGUGUGUCCUGUUUACCUUGGAGCCAACCCCCAAAACGCCGACUGAACAUUUGAUUUUUUUAUACCUUGGGCUACAGAACUCAUUUUGCCAGUAUGAUAUUCAGUCUUCUAUUGAAAUAGGGACCUAAAAACUGAGACCUCAAUUUUCUCCUCUGGGGAAAAAAGAUUCAUUACAAGGGGUAACUGAAGCCCCUCUUCAGAUGAGGAGGGUAGCCUGAGGGUUUUUUCUGCUGCUCAGAGAAAUAAAGCAGCGUUGCAAUUGGACUCUCACCCAAUCACAGAAACCUUUUCUUGUUCUUUGAUUAGAACAGAUUUAAGAGAAUUGUGAUUUGACAGAUUGCUUGUUUAUUGUUAAUAUUUAUGCUAGAAUUUUGGUAUUGACCUGGUAAUGUUUGUAAUGGCUUUAGUUCACUGUGAGAUAUUAAUGAUUAGAAAAAGAUUAAAAAUUGUCUUUUGACAUUACCAAUGAGUUCCUGGGUUUGGCAUGUUUAAUAAGACAAAUUUAGAUACAGCUGGAAACUGUUAAGAAACACCCUACACCAAUUGAAAAGGGCUUUCCCACCCCUGGUGAUCCUCCACUCCUUUAGGAGAUGCUGUAUCCAUAGGAACGUGUAUAGCACAAAGCAUCUGCUUGCCCAUGAUUAUCUCGCUAUUGGUGAACUCUAUUGACAAAAAGUUGUCUCAAAGGCACAGGGCACCUAGAGUUGCUUUUUCCCUUAACCCUUUACUUACAGAGUUCACCAGUCAGAAAUGGGUUAGCCAGGCGGUGGUGGCGCACGCCUUUAAUCCAGCACUUGGGAAGCAGAGGCAGGCAGAUCUCUGUGAG